GCCCGUCGUGGGCACAGAUAAUACGCCAAUCACCGUGCAUCGAUAUGGCAGAGCGGUGAUCAUUGUGGCCUCAAGUGCAACACCAAUAGUAGGCGACCUCAGCGGCUCUCUUCUCGCUGGAGCGCAAUGAACACUCGCCAGGCGAUUCAACCCUCAAACACUCCGACUGUGCUGUCAAUAUCAUAUUCAGCUUCGCGGAAACGGUUUGCAACUGCUCUCAGUGAGGGCUUUCGAACCUACCGAUUAGAUAACUGCCUCCUUGCGUAUCAGCCGAGCCUGUCGAUCAACAGUGCUGCGACUAUCGCUGAGCCUUUGGACGACCGAUAUUGUGCGUUUGUGUUCAAACAUAAAUCAAAGAAUGCAGGCCCGAAUGUGGUGGUCUUCUGGGAUGCAGUCCUAGAGCGGGAACUGAGUUCUUUCGAUUUACACGAGCCUAUAUUAGGCGUCCGCUUGACUUCAAAAUGGAUGGCUGUCAUUCUGGAGCAAAGAACAGUACUCUUCCAGUAUCAAGAACUCCAGUCCAGAGCAGGUUCACCUGCAGAGCAUGAUGACAGUGGCUCCGAACAGACCGAAAUUGAGCCUCUGGAACCAAUCAGAGCACCCAACCUCGCUCACUCCAUCUACCCAACCUCUAUCAACACGUUCGCGGUCGCCUCCCUAUCUAAUGAGCUGUUGGCUCUCCCUGCACAGAGUAUAGGUCAAGUCCAGCUGAUCACACUGAAGAGUGAAUCCGGAGCAGCUUGUACGAAACGAGUGCUCAAGGCUCAUAAUUCGGCCCUCCGAUGCAUUGCACUCUCUCCGGAUGGCUCAUUGCUGGCGACCACGAGCCAGCAUGGAACAUUGAUUCGUGUCUUCAGCACACAGACAACAGAAAGGAUUGCCGAGUUUCGGCGUGGUAUGGAUCCUUCCAUCAUCUACAGCUUAGCUUUCAGCAUCGGCAACAGGUUUGUGGCAUCCACUAGCGACAAAGGCACGCUCCAUGUCUACGACAUACGACCCAGCAUUCCAGCGCCACCCACUGCAGAACGUGCCCCUCUCGCAAAAGCACGUCCGAAACACCCGGCUUAUCCCAUCCACCGCAUUGCGGCUGGAGCAGGCCUCGAUCGCGAUUCACAAUCAGGUGUUUCAUUGGGGCGAUCAUCUCCUGCGCCAUCAAUAGCGGUCGGUGGUCACGGCUACGGCUAUCAUAGUCCCGGCUACGGCUAUCAUGGCAGCGUGCAAGAGUACUAUGGCCUUCGACCUCCACCAGUAGCGGCAUCGCCGCCAGCACGAGAUGCUGCUGUAUCGACCAUGGCAGCCUUGAAAGCGCACUCACUGAUGCCACAAGCGGUUCGUGACGUUCGUAGUGUUGCAUCAGCACCCUUCUUCAUCGGCAACGACCCAGCACAUUGGCAAGGCGGAGUAGCACAUAGUUGGACGACAGCACCCAAUGGCACCAAGAAGCGGGUGACGAACCCAGUCUCAUCGCUGCCCAACGACCCGAGUGGAAAGCCACCAAAAGGCAUUAUCACAUUUGACCCGACGGCCAGCGAGACCAACGACGAUGCUGGUGCAGUCAUAUACGUGAUUGGUGGAGGCAGCGACGCCCGUUGGGAGAAAUUUGAGCUCCUGCCUUCCGCUUCUGGCGAUGGUACAUGGACAUUAGUCAACAGAGGCUUUCGCAAUUACCUUACACGGCAGUUUGCGGACUGAGUGAGGCGAGAGCAAUAACGAUGAAGUAGACGAGAAGAACCU